AUGAACUCUUUUACGCACGACGACUACACAAUUGCGUGGAUAUGCGCCUUGUCGCUGGAGGUGGCGGCGGCCCGUACCUCCGCCGAUCCGAAUGCCUACGAAGUUGGCGAAUUGAACGGCCACUGUAUUGUCAUUGCCUGCCUACCAGCUGGUGUAUACGGAACAGUUUCUGCCGCGACUGUAGUGUCUCGCAUGUGUCUAACGUUUCCCCGGCUUCAAUAUGGACUGAUGGUGGGAAUUGGAGGCGGGGUCCCAGGCAACAACAAUGACAUUCGACUAGGCGAUGUGGUGGUCAGCAAGCCAGUUGGAAAGUAUAUUCAAGGUGGGCAAUUCGAGUCAACAGGCACCUUGAAUAAACCACCACAGGCCUUUUUAACCCAUAUGGGUCAGCUUGAGGCAAAAACAAUGACUGAGGGCAAGCAUACUCUUUCCAAAAUAGUAGAAAGAUUUUCGCCCCCAGAACAGCAUAUGGACUUCUUGUUUCAUUCCUCUUAUCAUCAUGCCACCAAGGAAGAUACCUGUGGAAAAUGUGAUAAGGAACAAUUAAUCAAGCGACAACCACGUGACACCAGGACGCCUUAUAUCCAUUACGGGCUGAUUGCAUCUGGGGAUCAGGUGAUAAAGGACUCAGAAACACGAGACCGUCUAGCUCAACAGUAUGGGAUACUAUGCUUUGAGAUGGAGGCAGCAGGCUUUAUGGAUGAACUUCCUACUCUUCAGAAAGAGUGGCAGGGAUAUGCAGCUUUGACAGCAGCUGCCUAUACAAAACUUUUAUUAUCAGUUAUACCUGUUUGCCGAACAGAGUGCGGCUCGCUAAAGCGCAAUAGCAUGCAGCACUGGAUGGUCUCACUAGAAAAAAAUCCAAGAUUUGUUGGUCGUGAGGAUGAGAUUUUGAAGUUAGAAGAAUUUCUUACAAUGCAAGAUGGGCCCAGGAGGAUUGCGAUCACCGGGUUAGGGGGGGUUGGAAAGACACAAGUAGCCCUAGAGGUAGUAUACCGCAUACGGAGCCAAGAUAAGGAGUGCUCUAUUUUCUGGGUUCCCUGUACCAGCUAUUCAAUGAUUGAGCAGGCGUUCCUGAAUAUUGCGCAGAAACUCGGAAUCCAUAACAUAAAGCCAGCAGAGGUGAAAGAACAGAUUAAGUUAUAUCUCAGCUCCAAGCGUGCCGGGAAAUGGCUGCUGAUUUUUGAUAACGCGGACGAUACAGAGAUGUGGUUAACAACUAAUAAUACUGCUCCCGCCCUUGAGGACUUUCUCCCUCAGAGUGAACAGGGCCAUAUUAUAUUCACUACCCGUAAUGGGGAGCUUGCAGUGGAGCUCACAUCUUCUAAUAUCAUUUCUAUUCCAGAUGUGGAUAAAGAAACUGCAUGGAAUAUCCUAGAGAGUUUAUUAUUGAACAAAGCGUUGCUCAAGGACCAUAUCAUAACAGCCACCCUCCUGGAGCAACUGGCAUUCCUUCCACUGGCAAUCGCACAGGCAUCCGCAUACAUUAACAAAAAGCGGUUAAGUCUGUCUGCAUACUCCACACUUUUACAAGAGGAAGAACAAGAGGCUGUGGAACUGCUCAGCGAAGACUUUCGGGAUCCAGGACGCUAUAAAGAUAUCCAGAACCCUGUGAUCACCACCUGGUUAAUAUCCUUCAAGCAGAUUCAGCGUCAAAGUCAAGCAGCAGCAGACUAUCUAUCUUUUAUAGGCUGUAUCAAUCCGCGAAAUAUUCCACAGUCUCUUCUUCCUCUCCAAUCAACAAAGAAACAGAGACUUGAUGCUUUGGGGCUUCUGAAUGCCUACUCAUUUACUAGCAGCCAAGGCACGGAUAUAAGUAUGCACAGACUGGUGCAUAUAGCGACUCGGAACUGGCUUAGAAAGCAAAGGGUGUUUUCUCACUGGGUCCAUAGAGUGGCUGGACAAAUGGACAUAGUUUUUCCAGAUAACCACCACAAUAAUAGAGGACUUUGGCGAGAAUACCUCCCUCAUGCUUUGGCACUUGCGUAUGAAAAUGAAUUCAUUAUACAACAGGAACAAUAUCUUCAUUUAAUUGAGAAGAUUGCAGAUUGCCUUGGUAGCGAUGGAAGAUACCACGAAGCAGAGGUACUAUACAACAGGCUGAUAAGUAUCAAUCAGGAGAAAAAUGGUCAAGAGCAUCCCUCCACUCUGAUCAGCAUGGCGGACCUGGCAUCGACCUACCGGAAUCAGGGACGAUGGAAUGAAGCCGAGAAGCUGCAGGCGCAAGUGAUGGAAACGUCCAAGAUAGGACGAUGGGAUGAAGCCGAGGAGCUGGAGGUGCAAGUGAUGGAGACAAGGAAGACAGUGCUAGGAGCUGAGCAUCCUGGCACUCUGACCAGCAUGGCGAACCUUGCCUACACCUGGGAAUCCCAAGGGAAGCUACACGAUGCCAUGGCCCUAAUGGAAAAUUGCUCUGAACUGCGCAGCAAAGUAUUAGGACCUAAUCAUCCGGAUGCCAGAGCCUCCUCUCAUACUCUUAGUCACUGGAAGCACGAGCAUAUCUCCAAUAGAACACCAGAGCCAGCGCCCUCUCAAAUUGCAUGUUCGCCGUAUGUGCCGGAAAUUUCAACGGGAAAUGCAGAAACUACGAUAGCUACUCAGCUAUCCCAUCAGGAGUAUGUCAAGCCACUUCCUCCUCAGAGACAAUCUGCAAAUCCAUUUCUUAGGAGUCAAUUUCUUAGUCACCCCCUUAUCAUACUUUCCAGAGCAAACUCACCUGCGUCAGGUCAUCAACACUUACAAGAAGUUGAUUGAUUUUGCAUUGGCGGGUAAAAUUAUACUGUGGUUCACCCCCAAGCCUCGCUAAUUUAGCACUCAGCCGUCAAGGAUGCUACGGAUGCCCACCCCUGGCCUUGGGUACAGCGAGCGGCGGGUUUAUAUCAUGGGAUUCUACAUUCUAUAGACU